AUGUGUUCAGUGCGAAAUCCAACACCCGCUGUAGGAUCUCCAAUGAAAGAAGGUCGAAUAACGGAGGGGACGAAGAAAAAAGGACGAAAAAAGAAUAAGCCGGUGAAAAAGCUCAAUUCCAGGAGGCCAACACUUAUACCUCGGCGAUGGGCUCCUGUUCUGCAUUCGGCAAAGUGUAACGAUGAAUUUGAAGAUGAAGACGACGUUGAGGAUACCAAGACUGUUAAUUCAAAAAUAAGACGAAUUGAAGGAUUAAUGGAGACUUGCAAAACGCCUGAUACCGUAUACCAAAACAUUGAUUCACCUGUAAAGCGUUGCCAUGAUAACAGCGGGCGUCAUGCGCGGUCAGGUGAAGGUUUUCCGGAAGGAAGUUGCACCAUGGACACCACAAUAGCUUCACAUGAAAACAAGUCAACAAAAUCACAGCAUAGUGAAAUGUCCUGUGGAGUUUUGGACCCCGACGGAAACAAUUGCUACAACUGGAUGAUCAUUAUCACCACAGCAGCCCUUUACAACAUAGUUGUCAUCAUACUUCGGCUUGCCUUUACAGAGAUGAGGGAACAUGUGUUACCAAGAACGAUAUUUACCGUCCUUGACCUUGGAUGUGAUGUGGUAUACUUGUUUGACAUGGUAGUACAAAGUCGUAUGUCUUACUACGAGGACGGCUGUCUGGUAACUGAUACUCAAAAGGUGUAUGAGGAGUACUGGGGUAGGCCACGAUUUAAGCUUGAUGUGUUAUCAAUUCUUCCACUUCACACCAUCAUCUUCGUAUGUCAAGGAAUGCUGAAGUGCAUAAAGAUAUACAUAGGCUUCGAUAAAUAUCAAGGGGUUUACGUUUCCUUGACACGGUUACCAAGGUUACUUAAAGCUCACACUGUUUCCGGUUUCUUCGACAUUACUGACAGUCGCACGUCCAACCCUAACUGUGUCCGGGCGAUCAAGCUCUCUUUGUAUUUAAUACUUGUUAUUCACUGGAUCGGGUGUCUAUAUUACAUCGUAUCCUUGUACGAGGGGAUAGGGUCUACUGAAUGGGCCUACUCCAGUGGAAACUACCCAGAUAAUUUCAUAAGGAAAUACAUUUGCUGUAUUUACUGGUCGCUUUUGAUACUGACCACUAUAGGGGAGAGACCGCCGCCUCAGACUAAUUUGGAGCACGUGUUUACUGGAUUGACGUUUGUUAUUGGUGUUUUUAUAUUUGCUGCCGUUGUCGGUAACGUCGGCGAUGUGAUCAGUAAUCUAAAUGCUUCUAGACAAGAAUUUCAAUCUAGGAUGGACCAGAUAAAGUUUUACCUGAGGCACAGAAAUGUCCCUAUACCUUUACAGAACAGAGUCAAACGUUGGGCCGACUAUACAUGGGCAAAGAAUCAAGCCAUGGAUGAGCCUCAGUUGUUACAGAUGUUACCCGAGAGAUUGCAGAUGGAGAUCGCCAUACAAGUCCAUCUAGAUACCCUCAAAAAAGUCACUAUCUUCGAAGAAUGUGAGGAGGGACUUUUGAGGGAGUUGGUGUUGAAACUUCGACCACAGAUCUUUUCCCCUGGUGAUUACAUAUGUCACAUCGGAGACAUAGGUCGAGAGAUGUACAUCAUCAACCAUGGAAAGAUAGAGAUCAUAGUUCCUUGUGCCGACACAGGACAGAAACAGAGAGUUGCAACAUUAGGAACUGGUAAUUACUUUGGGGAGAUCAGUUUGCUCAAACUCGAUUCCGGACAAAACAGGAGGACCGCAGAUGUCCGGUCCGUUGGAUACUCGGAACUGCUACGGCUUUCCAGGAAGGAUCUCCUUACGGCACUGGUGGAAUAUCCUGAAGCAAAGCUGAUACUGGAAACACAGGCUAAGCUUAGAAUGAAAGAAACUAUGGUCAUUCGAAAUACCAAUGGGGAAGAACCGUCUCCUCCUUCAGAACGGCAAACAAACGAACCUUCUAGGAAAAAACGUGACUGGCUCACAGGAAUUGUCCAAUCAGAUGGAUUUAAGAAACUUGUGGAGAGCAAAGGCACUGAGUUGCUAGAACUGAAGACGAUCAUAGCCCAGUUGAAGGAUUACCAAGCACAGAUUCAAGAAAAAACCAAUACGCGUUGUGUAGAAAAGAACAAACGACUUGAACUGAAAUUACAGCAGUACGACAUUAAUCUUCGAAAGGCAAACGCUAAGUUAGAAGAACUCCAUGUGGCUUUAAGGUCGCCCUGCUCCUGUGGAAGACCGUCCAGGGCCGUGAACACAGAGAGUCCGUUUAAAAAUAGAAUCACGCGUUCUUCCGUUUCGGAUAGAUCUUGCAAGUUAUCGAUAAGAAAGAAAUGUGCUUCAGAACACUACUUAGAACGUCGAGGGAUGAAACCGUUCACAGGUUUAGAACCUGGACAGUCACAACGUGGAAAGCCAGGUUCAAACAAAAUCUCGACCCUGAUGACUAGGUCACAAUUAAACGUAACACAUUCCGACAACAUGGAACCGGUGAAACAGAGUAGCGGUUAUUCAAGUGAUACAGAGACCAUGGCAACACUGCUGCGCGUCAGUAGUGCUCUGCGAUUGCGCCACCGAUCACAAACAAAUUCAGAAAGCAAUUGUGAUUCAAGCGUGUCCACUGAUGGAGAUCUAGAUUCAGACUGGGAGCCGGUUUCCAUUAGCAACAGCAUUCCGCUCACACACUUGACAAAUAGUCCAAAGGCUAACAGUACACGCCGUCGAUCUUUUUUCAAGGAGACCAAUGUCUAG